CCUUUGAUUGCGAUUUUCAAAAUGGGCCGAACACGCACGAAAGCCAAGAAGUCUGUAUCCGCUGUGACGAACUCUUCACAAUCUUCGUCGAGCUCAGCAGCUCCAGCCAUUUCUGCUCUCCUUGACAAGGCUCAAGAGCUCAUUGUACAGUGCGACUUUCCUCUGGCACGCAAAUUCAUCGAUCGUGCUCUUGUCAGGGACGAUGGAUCAGUGAGCGAAAAAAAUCAAGCGAAGGAGAUGAUGGGUGUCGUGCUCCUCGAAACUGGGGAAGUGGAUGAAGCGAGAGAGUUGUUCUUAACAUUGCUUCCGCCACAUCCAACAGCUCCUACACCUCCGCCACCUUCAGCGCAUCUUUAUCUUGCACAACUCUCCGCGGAUCCGUACACUGCUUUGAAACACUAUCAGGCAGCCAUCGACAUCCUUCAGACACAACUCAAAGGUAAGGCACCUUCGCCCACCCAGGGGGAUGAACAUGACGAAGGAGAGGAUGAGGUGAGGAGCAAUAUCGUGAGGGCUUACGUUGGAAUGGUCGAGGUAUGGAUGGACCCUGAGUAUGAUCUAUGUUUUGAUCCUGCUGCAUCGUCAACAUGUGAUUCCCUUCUGGCAAAUGCUCUACAGAUAGAUCCACAUAAUCUUGAGGCUUUGCAAUGCCUUGCCAGCGUCCGCCUCAGUCAAGAAAAAAUGGAGGAGGCACUAGCUGCACUUCUUACAUUCCCACCCUCCUCUCCAGACGCGCCUCCUGCGCGCAAUCAAGCAUUGGUUGCGGCACUUCCUCUUUCCGUGCGGCUUGCGCGCGCCAAGCUACUUCUGGAGUGUGGCGCUUACCAUGAGGCUCUUGAUGUUUUGGAAAAUGUUCUUGCGUCCGAUGAUUCCUCAGUAGAAGGCUGGUACCUCAUGGGGUGGGGGUGGUGGCUGGUGGCCGAACGCCAGAAAGAGGGAGGUGAAGUAGAAGGAAGUGAAGGGCUGACCUGGGAGGAUAUAGCUAGAGACUCAAGGGACUGCUUAGAAACUUGCCAAAUGUUGCACAAGUCGCAGUCAGAUCCAGACACGCCUAUAUUAGAACAUGUCCAAGAACUUCUUGGAACCCUCGAUGCACUAGGCAUCACGCCGUCCCCGAUCCAAGAUGAUGAAGAGGGCGACGGGGAUGGUUUGGAGGAUGCCAGCGAUGAUGAGGACGUUGAAAUGUCAUAACACGAUGUCACAAAUUGUGGCUCGUGUUCUACCUCAAAGCUGUUCCAUAUCAGUUUACCUGGCGCAAUUAUUCCAGUGUCUUUUUCGCGAGGGAUAUGUCUUAUCGGCCAGAUGCCUUUACUGGAUUGACCGGAUGGCCUUAACAGUCACUCAGGUAGUCAUCACGAUCUGUUCAAUCCCACUAAUGUGCGUUUUGUGAAUUCCUUUGACAUUC